UUCCUUAUUACCCUUCAGCAUUUUGACUGCUGCUGCCAUUUUUCUCUGCUGCCUGCUUCCUUCACACAUCAGAAGCAAAAAUGGCGUCUGGAGUCAAAGUCGCUGACAGAGUGAAGGGACUCUACAAUGACAUGAAACUUGUGAAAAAUGAUGCUGAUCAGAAUGAACGUAUAAGGAUUGUAGUAUUUGGCUUCGUUGAGGAUAACAUUGACGUGGUGAAAAUGUACCUCGAAAAAGAUCUGGAGGGCAAGGAUGUCUUCAAGUUUUACCAGGAACUGCUGGACCCUAAGCAGUGCAGCUAUAUACUGUAUGACUGCCACUUUGAAACCAAGGAAGCAAGUGUAAAGGAAGAACUGGUCUUUACGCUGUGGUGUCCUGACACUGGAUCCAUCAAACAGAAAAUGAACUACGCUAGCUCAAAAGAGGCUCUUAAGAAAGCCAUGCCAGGCUUGAAACACGAUCUGCAGUUGAAUGACUUUGCAGACUGCAGCACCAGGGAUAUUUUCGCAGACAAACUGGGAAAAAACAUAAUCAAACUCGAGGGCCAUCCUGUGCACCCCACAGGACAAAGUUAAACAGCCUGACCGCCCCCCCCCUCACCCCGCUGUUUCAAAACAAGGUCAAUUUAAAGGGAUUACAAAAGCAAAUGGCAAAAUUUCCAAAUGGACUUCAUAUUUUUUUUUUUGGAUUGGUUCAAUAAAGCUCGAAGAGAAGGGUUGGGCUCCUGAUAGGAUUAGAUUCCUGUAACACAGACCUCCUGUUACCCUAAUAAACUUACCAAUUACACCAGUCUGGUUGAAAUCAGUCUUGUCCAGAUGUAAUUUUAUUCAUGCUGGUAUGUAUCUAUACAUUAAUAAAACUAUUGACACAUUUA